AUGUCUCACAACGUCGAGAAGAUUACUGACGCCAAGGUCUUCAAGGAGAAGGUCCAAGAGGCCUCGGGUCCAGUCAUUGUCGACUGCUCCGCGACCUGGUGUGGUCCUUGCAAGGCCAUCUCUCCCGUCUUCCAGCGCUUCAGCACCCAGGAGGAGUUCAAGAACGCCAAGUUUUACGAGAUCGACGUUGACGACCUCUCUGAAGUUGCUGCUGAGCUCGGUGUCCGUGCUAUGCCCACUUUCAUGUUCUUCAAGGACGGCGAGAAGGUUAACGAAGUUGUUGGUGCCAACCCUCCGGCCCUUGAGGCUGCUAUCAAAGCGCACGUUGCUUAG